AGCUCUCCAGAUCCUUUGCCAGUUCUCUCUUCCAGACUUGCCAGAAGCAACAGAGGACUAGAGAUGAAGAUCUUUUUCUUAUUCACCUUUUCCACUCUUUUGUUGUCUGCUUUUGAACAAGCAGCUGCUUCUGCUCACUAUGACAAGAUUUUAACUCAUAGUCGAAUAAGGGCACGCGACCAAGGCCCUAAUGUGUGUGCCCUUCAGCAAGUUAUGGGAACAAAAAAGAAAUACUUCAGCACUUGCAGAAACUGGUACCAGGGAGCCAUCUGUGGAAAAAAAGCAACUGUCUUAUAUGAGUGCUGUCCUGGCUAUAUGAAGAUGGAUGGUACAAGAGGAUGUCCUGCAGUUGCUCCUAUUGAUCACGUAUAUGGCACACUUGGUAUUGUGGGAGCUACUUCCACACAGCAGUAUUCUGACAUAUCAAAGCUGAGAGAAGAGAUUGAAGGACGAGGAUCAUUCACUUUCUUUGCACCAAGCAAUGAAGCCUGGGAGCAAUUAAAUUCAGAAAUUCACAGGAAUUUGGUGGACAAUGUAAAUAUUGAGCUGUAUAAUGCUCUCCACCACCACAUGGUAAAUAAGCGUAUGUUGACAAAAGAUCUUAAGAAUGGCAUGACUCUGGUGUCUAUGUAUAAUGACCAGAAAUUGCUUAUUAACCAUUAUCCUAAUGGGGUUGUUACCAUUAACUGUGCCAGGAUCAUCCAUGGCAACCAGAUUGCUACCAAUGGUGUUGUUCAUGUCAUUGAUCGUGUCCUGACUGCUGUUGGAAACACUAUUCAAGAUUUCAUUGAGGUCGAAGAUGAUCUUUCAUCUCUUAGAGCUGCUGCCAUCACAUCAGAUGUCUUGGAUACUCUUGGAAGGCCUGGCCAUUAUACACUCUUUGCUCCUACCAAUGAAGCUUUUGAGAGACUUCCAAGGGGAGUUCUAGAGAGGAUUAUGGGUGACAAGGUGGCUUCUGAAGCUCUAGUGAAGUUCCAUAUUUUAAAUACUCUCCAGUGCUCUGAAGCUAUCACUGGUGGAGCUGUCUAUGAGACCUUGGAAGGAAACACAGUUGAAGUUGGUUGUGAUGGUGAAAGUCUGACUGUGAAUGGAGUGAAGAUGGUAAAACGCAAAGAUAUUGUGACAAGCAACGGUGUUAUCCAUCUCAUUGGUGAAGUCUUAAUUCCUGAUUCUGCCAAGCAAGUCAUUGAGCUUGGUGGUGCCCAGCAGACAACUUUUACAGACCUGGUGACACAGGUAGGACUUGCAUCUUCUCUAAGACCUGAAGGCCAAUACACUCUUCUGGCACCUCUGAAUGGUGCUUUCUCAGAUGACACCUUAAGGAUGGAUCAACGCCUUCUUAAAACAAUCCUGCAGAAUCACAUUAUAAAAGUGAAAGUCGGGCUCAAUGAACUGUACAAUGGACAAGAGCUGGAGACAAUUGGAGGAAAAUUGCUUAGAGUCUUUGUGUAUCGCACAGCUGUAUGUAUUGAAAAUUCAUGCAUGGUCAGAGGAAGUAAAGAAGGAAGGAAUGGUUUUAUUCACAUCUUCAGACAGAUCAUCAAUCCAGCAGAAAAGACACUUCAUGAAAUGCUGAGGAAUGAUAAGCGUUUUAGUGUUUUCCUCAGUCUGGUGAAAGCUGCAGAUUUAGAUGAUGUUCUGUCACGACCUGGAGAAUGGACUCUAUUUGUUCCUACUAAUGAUGCCUUUAAAGGUUUGACUGAUGAUGAUAAGGAUAUACUGAUAAGAGACAAAAAUGCUCUCAGGAAUAUUCUUCUUUACCACUUAACACAAGGAGUUUUCAUUGGAAGUGGCUUUGAGCCUGGUGUGACAAACAUUCUUAAAACCAUCCAAGGAGGGAAACUCUACUUGAAAACAGUAAAUGAUACCCUUCUAGUUAAUGAACUGAAAUCAAGAGAAUCUGAUCUCAUGGCAACCAAUGGUGUCAUUCAUGUUAUUGAUAAACUCCUGUAUCCAGCAGAUCUUCCUGUUGGAAACGAUCAGUUGCUCACAAUCCUGAAGAAGUUGAUUAAGUACAUACAAAUUAAGUUUGUUCGUGACAGUACCUUCAAAGAGAUUCCACUGACGUUUUACAAAAUUAACAUAAUUGAAAGCAACGUUCAGCCCAUCAUCAGAAAGGAAGACCCAUCUAUCACACAACUCACUAAAUUAAUUGAAGGGGAACCUGAAUUCAAAAUAGUCAGGGAAGGGGAGACAGUAACUAAAGUGAUUCAUGGAGAACCAAUUAUUAAAACAUACACCAAAAUCAUUGAUGGGCGACCUGUGGAAGUGACAGAGAAAAAAGUGACAGAAGAAAGAAUUAUUCAAGGUCCUGAAAUAAAAUAUACCAGAAUUACUGCAGGUGGUUCAGACAAUGAAGAAAAGUUAAAGAAAUUGCUUGAAGAAGAGGUUACCAAGGUGACCAAAUUUAUUGAAGGUGAUGGUCAUUUACUUGAAGAUGAAGAAAUCAAAAGACUCCUGCAGGGAGCUGGAACUGAGUACACCAAGGUUACUAAAGUAAUUGAGAGAGAGCCACAGAUUAUCGAGAGAGAAAUCAAGAAGGUCCAUCUGGAAGAAGCACCUGUACGAAAAGCACAACCAACCAGGAGGACACAAGGGGGAACAGCAAGAAGGAGGACAAGACUAGCUAACCACUAAAAGCUUUCUAAGAUGGAAUCCACAGAAUUGCAAAUUAACAGCGUGGUCUUUGAGAGGAGAAGAAACUGGUUAAAAAAAACAAAACAAACCAAACAAACAAAAAAAAAAAACAACACAAC